AUGAAAAUGUCGCGCACCCUUUCCGCGCGUGUGCCUUCCUCGUCGGAUCUCGAUGCAAGAAUGUCUGCGUUCCGGAUUCCGAUGCGGACGUUAAGAUCCAAUUUCAAGGUUCCGGAUAUCGGGGGACGGUCGGAAAGGAAAUCGACCGGUCCACCUGGGAAUCGUUCGGGCAUUAUCUGGGACAAGAAUUCAACACCUUUUGGACAACAAAGGUUCGUCAGGCGAAAGACGGAUGCAUUUACGUUGUCGACUUCGAGUACAACGGCGUCCGGUUGUCUAUUGAUGUGGGACCAAUGUGCGCAAGUUUUUUGCCGUCCGACUGGUCUACUACUCGGACUUCGUACACGGGUGAAAAGCAGGCGGCUAUUCGCGGGAUCAAGAAGCAUAGAGAAUUCCGCGGCAGUGGAAUAG